AUGAGUCUUAGUUCCGAUAUAAAAGUUAACGAGAGUGUGGAUGAGAAGCUGAAGGUUUUUGAGGACAUCUCGUUAAAUGCUAAGCAAAUUCAAGACAACGUAUUGAAAGAGAUACUCACACUUAACGCAAACACUGAGUACCUACGAAGUUUCCUCAAUGGGAUCUCCGAUAAAGAGCUUUUCAAGAAGAAGGUACCAUUAGUGACAUAUGAAGAUGUUAAGCCUUACAUUGAACGUGUCGCGGAUGGUGAGUCUUGUGAUCUUCUAUCAGGGAAACCCAUUACUGGAUUCCUCCAAAGUUCUGGAACAUCGGGAGAAAAAGGGAAGUUAUUCCCUUUGGACAACAAAUUCGUUGAGAACCUAAUGUUCAUGAUACAGACAUGCUCCUUCUUAAGGCGCAAGCAUGUUGGCGGUACCGUGCAUGGAAAGCAGUUGGCAUUUCAUUUCACCAAACCAGAAUCCACAACUCCCUCUGGUUUACCAUAUUCAUCGCUGAGUACAACCUUCUUAACUAGUGACUAUUUCAAAAACCGGCCACCAAACAAUGUUUUCUCCUUGACAAGUCCUGACCAAGUCAUAUUUUGCCCAGACAACAUUCAAAGUAUGUACUGUCAUCUUCUCUGUGGACUUGUCCAAAGAGAUGAGGUUGUGAGUGUGACUGCUACUUUUGCCUCUGUAUUGGUCCGUGCCAUUAUAUUUCUUGAAAAUAACUGGAAGGAGUUGUGUAGCAAUAUCCGGUCAGGUCAGCUAAGCAACUGGAUUAAAGACCCUAUUUGCAGGAGAUCUGUCUCUCUGAUCCUUGGAGGACCUAAUCUUGAACUGGCUGAUUUGAUCGAACAAGAAUGUAACCAGACAUCAUGGAAAGGUAUCAUUACAAGAAUAUGGCCUAACACCAAAUAUAUUAUAAGUAUUGUUACAGGUCAGAUGGCUCACUAUGUUCCUACACUAGACUUCUACUCCAAUAAGCUGCCUUUGAUUUCUCCCUUUUAUGCUUCUUCUGAAACUAUGUUUGGAGUCAAUGUGAAUCCUCUAUGCAAACCACUGGAUGUAUCCUACACUUUCAUGCCUAAUGUGUCGUAUUUCGAGUUCUUGCUUGUUGAUGAAGUAAACAAGGUUGAAAUUGUUGAUCUUGUGGACGUGAAGCUAGGGUUCUACUAUGAGCCACUGGUCACAAAUUAUGCUGGUUUAUAUAGAUAUAGAAUGGGGGAUAUUCUGCAAGUGACUGGAUUCUACAACAACACACCUCAGUUUAAAUUUGUCCAAAGAAGAAGUGUGGCUCUGAGUGUUCACUUAGAGACAACAACAGAAGAACAGAUUCUUAAGGCAAUGACUAACGCAAGAAACGUUCUUGAAUCUUCAGAUUUGAUGUUGAUCGAGUUCACAUGCGUUGCUGAUACCUCCAGUGAUCCUGGCCACUACGUUUUUUACUGGGAACUCAAGUCCAAAACCAAAACCGCUGACCCUGAGCUAGAUAAUGAGCUUCUGGUUGAGUGUUGCAAUGUAGUAGAGAAGUCUCUAGACAAUGUUUACUGGAAUUAUCGAAGUAAGGAUGGACGAAUUGGAGCUUUGGAGAUAAGAGUGGUGAAACAAGGAACGUUUGAUUCAAUCAUGGACAUUUACAUCUCUCGAGGUGCUACAAUAACUCAGUACAAAACACCUAUAUGCAUGAAAUCUGAUGAGGCCUUGACGGUUCUUGAACGUAGUGUUCUUGUUCGAGUUUUUAGCAACACUUCAGAACCUUCUCUCCACUCUUAA